UUUAACAUUUGUAUUUUGAAGUUUUAAAGUUGAUUGAGGUAUGUAACUACAAUCAAAGUAAAAAUGGUGUAGCCUUCUUGGCUUUAAUGGUCUUCUAGGCCUUAGGAAGGCAUGUAUAUGUACGCAUAUAUUUAUGUUGAUGUAUAUGUAAUGUUAAUAAUAGAUUUUAUCUUAUAAUGUAAUAGCAUGCUCUUUUUCUGCAAUUUUUUAUAUCGGGAUAAUUUUCAUUAAAAACUGUAUACAUCAAGUUGUUGUUGCUAAAUAAAGAUGUCAGGAGUUAAUAUUUCUGAUGUUGUAGCAGUUUGGGAUGUAUCGCUACCAGAUGGAAAUCAUCAAGUAAAAUUUGAACAUGGUACAACUUCAGGAAAGCGUGUUGUUUGGGUUGAUGAAACUGAAAUAUUCCGUAAAAACUGGAUGUUCAAAUUAGUUGGGCGACAAGACUUUAAUAUUGGAAGUGCAAAAGCAGUUAUUUUAAUAGAAGCCUGUAAUGGUUUUACUUAUGAAUAUACUUUAUUAAUUAAUGGAAAACCUUUAAAUAAGUUCAAAGAGAAUCGAAAAAAGACUGCAAAAGUAUGGACAUUAUUAUUGGAUGGAAUAGAGACUAGAGUUGUUUUAGAAAAGGAUACUAUGGAUGUUUGGGUCAAUGGAAAUGUUUUAGAAACUGCAGGUGAAUUUGGAGAUGAAGGAACAGAAACACACUUUGAAAUUCGUGAUCAUGUUUGUGUAAUAUCAGGUGUAAGCUCUGGGAAAAUUCGUGAAGGAAUUGUACAUAGUUUAAUUGUAGAUGGAGCUGUUGUUCCAGAAUCUUUUGAAUGAUUUAGAAAAGAAGAUUAUUUAUUACAUUUUAACUUAGUUAUUAGUUUAUUAUUUCAUGGCUAUAGUGUACAUAAUGUACUAUAUAUUCUCUAAGUUUUAUAUUUAAAUAGUUUUUAAUAUUAUAUAAUAUAUAGUAUAGGCUUGUAAUUUUUACGGAGAAAAGAUUUUAAAAUGU